GCUACAACACAGAGAGUCAACAGGCUGGACGGAGGCACGGAACAGCACUACGACUGGAUAACAACAACAAACCUGAAGGCAACUCACUUUAGACAACUUUUUUUUCUCUCAUGAAAAGCUUUCUUUGACACUUUUUUUUUUUAUGAUUGUUUCAUUUGAUUUUUACCGGCUUGGGAUGUGACUUUCAGUGCAGACUUUUUUUCCCCAGACGGAGCUCUGUUUUUACCGGACAUAUUCAUCUCGUAUUGGCGCACAUUUCAAAGGCGAAGUAGCUACUUUUGAGUUCGUCCCAAAUACAUGACAUUUUAACCCUCGGCUCCGUCACCUCUCGACCAUGGCGGAAGCGGCCCAGCAGCCACACCUGGUGGAAAUCGACCCGGAUUUUGAGCCCCUCUCGCGGCCCCGGUCGUGCACUUGGCCCUUGCCCCGGCCGGAGUUCAUCAACCCGGGAGACUCCAACACGUCCUCCCCGGUGCCCUCUGUGAAGCAGGAGCCGGGAGCAGGAAACAACGACUUCAUCAACAACCUGAGCCUGCUGGAGGAGACCGAGGACUUCGCGGAGCAGAAGCCGGUCAUCCUGUGCACUGAUUUCCAGUGUCGGGAGAACUGCGUCCACCAGCAACCUCCACAGCAACAUCAGCAGCAGCAGCAGCAACAUCAGCAGCCGAACCCGCAACUCCCGCAUCACCAUCAUCAACCACAGCAGCAGCAGCAGCAGCAGCAGCAACAGGUGCCUCUGCUCUCCUCCCCGGUCGGCUCGUCCACCUCGGCGGCCGCUGCUGCCGCCGCUGCCCAGAGGAAGAGCAGCUCCUCCCGGAGGAACGCGUGGGGGAAUAUGUCAUAUGCAGACCUCAUAACCAAAGCUAUCGAAAGUUCUCCUGAGAGCCGGCUGACUCUGUCUCAGAUCUAUGACUGGAUGGUGAAGAGUGUGCCUUAUUUUAAGGACAAGGGAGACAGCAACAGCUCUGCAGGCUGGAAGAACUCCAUCAGACACAACCUGUCGCUGCACAGCCGCUUUGUCCGCGUGCAGAAUGAGGGGACGGGAAAGAGCUCGUGGUGGAUGCUAAAUCCGGAAGGGGGGAAGAGCGGCAAGUCCCCGCGACGCAGGGCCGCCUCCAUGGACAACAACAGCAAGUUCACGAAGAGCAGAGGAAGAGCGGCGAAGAAAAAGCUGUCCCUGCAGGGCGGCCCCGACGGAGGAGCAGACAGCCCAGGCUCCUUCUCCAAGUGGCCCGGCAGCCCAAAUUCCCACAGCAACGACGACUUCGAUGCCUGGAACAGCUUCAGGCCUCGGACCAGCUCCAACGCCAGCACUCUGAGCGACCGCCUCUCCCCCUUCAUGCCCGAGGACGACUUCGCCGAGGCAGACGUGCACAUGGGCUACCCAGGAGCCCCUGGGGCCAAGAUGACAGCCACGCUGCCCAGCCUGACGGAGAUGACGGGAUCUCUGGGCCACAGCUCUGAGAAUGUCAUGGAGAACCUCCUGGACAACCUCAACCUGCUUUCUCCCAAAAACUCACAGGUUGGAGGAGGCGGGACGACCCCCUGCUCCUCCCAGUCCUCACCCUCUAACAUGAUGCAGCAGAGCCCAGGGUACCCUGCGUACAGCUCCCCCAACAUGGCCCCGCAGCCCCAGCAGGAGUACCGCAAGUGUGUGUAUGGCCAAGCGGGUAUGAACACGCUGUCAUCCAUGCCGCUGCAGACGCUGCAGGAGAGUAAACCCAGCUUUGGGCCAGGUCUGGGACAGUACAGCUGCGCUGCAGGGCUUCUGAAGGAGCUGUUGACAACAGACACAGACCAGCAUGGAGACCUCAUGCCCUCAGUGGACUCAGUGGUGUCUCAGUCCAGUGGGGGCUGCAUGCUGCCGCCAUACAGCAGCAGCAGCCAGCACGCGGCUAAACUGAUGGGAGGAGGAAACGGACACCCACACGCUCUCUCCCACACUCGCCCUCACAAUGUCCACAACCAGGCCCCAUUAGCAUCACCCGCAAUGAACGUACGUCUGCUCAUGCCCCUGAGCCACAGCGGGGUCACCACUCUUUUGCCUUCAGCCAAAAGCCAGAUGCAGAUGCCUUAUGGCCUCUCCAGCCACCUGAGCGGUGGAGGAGGGAUGCCCGGCGGAUUCUGCCCGCUGAAUACCAAUGGAUACGGACGACCUGGUCUACCACAGCCCUCGCACACCGAGAAGCUGCCCAGCGACCUGGACGACAUGUCCAUCGAGAAGUUUGAGUUUGACAUGGAGACAGUCCUCCACGACACGCUGAUGGACGGCGCCCCCUUGGACUUUAACUUUGAGCCGAUGGUGACCCAACAAGGUUUCCCCCACGGAGUGAAGACCACCACACACAGCUGGGUGUCAGGGUAGAAAAGUUCUGUUCAACUGACCUGUUGUUGCUGUUUGGUUGAAAACAUCAGAACUUAACGGACAGACUUAAAGGAUCGUACAAACGUAGUUUCUCCGCCAUCAACAUUUCUUUAUUUUUCCUCACAAUACUCUUCAGGUGUCGUCAGGAGUCUGAAAGCGGCUGGGUCAUCUGAGAUCUGAGACUUCAUCUCCAUUAGUGCCCCUGACCUGGUGAAGAUAAAAACUAUCACAUAUAUGUACAAACUUAGUGCCAAACUGUUUGCCUUAAUAUAAGAGCCAAACUGAAACACACCUCUCUGGUUUACUCCUUAAGGUCACUGAUAGCAGCAUCACAAUCUGUACAAGUGUUUGAACUCAUACUGUGCUGUUUACUGUGUAUCCACAAUCAAACUUCAUGUACGUACAGAGUAGUGAUAAGUGAUUACCACUACAGGAGGAAUAUGAAGGUAAUCUGGCAGACUGACAUGAUGUAAAGUUAGAGACUUCUCAAGGGAUCCUCGGAUGAUGUUACACAAUAACUCACUUUGUCAUUGCCUGAAUGUACAUAAUGUCAUUGUACACUUUGUAAGAUCAGUUCUUGUAGUGAAUUUUUUUUUUUUUUUUUAAGUAUGUAAAUAGUGUUUACAGAGCGGAAGCAAAAACCAAGGCAGCAGAAAUGAGCUCACAGAAAAAAAAAAAACUGGAUCCGAUUCUUUUUAAACUCACGUCUGUGUUUGAGGAUUCUUCUUAAUGAGGCUGUAAAACAUGAAUAACCUUUCUAAUUUCUUGUACAUAAAUUAAGAAUGUAUAAUACCAUGAUGUAGAAGAUGUUUACUAGAUUAAGUAUAUAUUUGAGACUAAAUUAUUUGUGGUAAAUAUAUAGAUUUAUGCUGGUGCAUUACCUGCACUCAGGCAUCAGAAAUGUUCGGAGUCGUUUUUUCACUCUUGACCUUAAUACCACAGAGGCCUGUUUAUAGUGCCUGACACAGCAGAUUUAGAGUUUUUUAUCGUCAUUUUUAUGGUCCAGAAGAUGCUCAAAUCCAGCAGUUUUAAGAAGUACAGUGAAUUCUUUAUCCACAGUGUCCUUGUUUUGACUUUUCUGUAGGAGUGAAGAAGAAGUGAGCGAGAGUAGGUCGUUUGAGUAAGGGGUUUCCUGAACGCAUCACAGCGCUCUGAAUGUGAAGAGGUCGAGGCUCGUUGGUGGAUAAAAGAUAUUCUCAGUGACGCUGUUGUUGUCACGGAAGAGGCUGAGUCCAAGACAUGUCUGUGACAGUCACUAGAGACACUGAGAUAGCAGCCUGACCCCGCUUCAGCUUCAGAAUCUUUGGACUUCUCUGUUUUGUCUCUAGGUUUUAGCGUGACUGACCGAUGUAACUCAAAGUUGCUUUCUGCGGAAUCCGCUUUUUCUGCUUUUAAUGAGACUCUACUUUCACUCUGUCCCUCCUACCUCUACCUAUCUGUGUCUUUUUCAACAUUUUAUAUAACCCUGACACGUGACUUGAUGGCUCCAAACAUCUUUUAAAUAACAAGUCUGAUAAUUAUUUUUUUUUAAGAUGCCCUUGAGAAGCGCCACUAAGUGUUAAGUAUCUUAUCAUGCUUGUAUAUUUGCAUUUCUGACUGGCUUUUCUAAGUUCUUGCUGUGCUAACAAUGAGCUUGUCCGUCACACACGGUGACAAAGAUUGUCUCUACAUUUGUCCAGAUAUUGUUGGAAGACUUGACUGCGUCUCCUGAGGUCGUCUUAAGAGGCCGAUCGGCCGUGUUACUUUGAUAAAAGAAAUUUAAACUGCCUUUUUGACAUGACAGAUUAUUGUGUGAUUAAUCCAAACACCACAUAUAUAAGUGGGUGUCUGAUUAUGUGUCGAUAAGUGCCCUAAGUAUGUCGGUUUGCAAUGAGGCGGGACUUGUGAUGAGUUCAGGGACAACAAGAGAGGAUGAAAAUCCAAGCUUACAUGCCGGAGAGCAGUGAAGGCACAUGAUCUGACACAGCUGACAUUGAGAAAGUCAGGGAGCAGAGCAGGUUUAAAAGAGUCAAAUUCAAUUGUUAACAUUUCAAAAGGCCCUCUAUGGACGCCGAGAAAGAAGCUGCUGUUUGGCUUUGGUGCCAGGUGUUGCCUUUUCUUACCCAAACAUGCCACAGUGUACUAUAGCCAAAUCUGCCUUUGAAGUUAAAGUGAUAUAUUUAGCAUUUCUAUCAUGUGAUAUGUUCAGAAUUAUAUAUAUAUAUAUAUAUAUAUAUUUGUGCCGGUCACUCAAGCCAGGAUAAACUGUAAUGAAUCCAUGUAGUUAGUGUCACAGGGUUCACUUUGAAAGUUAAAGAGCUGUACUAAGUAAAUUAUAUCUCUACAUUUUGAAAAUGAUUGAAUCUAUGCAUUGUAUUUCUUAAUUGUGUGUUGCUAUUGAUAUAUUUUCUUUUCCCUUUGAAUUUAUGACAGAGAUAUUUUAUUGUAACAUAGCGCUGUGAGAUAUUAAUGGUGUCGUUGUCGUCAAAACUCUAUGUUCCAGAUAGUUCUUCUAUGGGGAAAAAAUGAAGUUGAUUUAGAAAGUAGAUGAUGCAGUGAUUCAUAUGCUAAGCUUUUGUAAACUGACAAUGUUGUAUUUCUUGUAGUUUUUAGCUACAGUUUUUAGAAAAUAGCUUCAAAAAGCAAAUGACUAGAAAAAGUAAAAAGGUAUAUUGAAUUUUUAAAAAUGAAAAACACAAUUUUUAGUCUGAAAUGAUGUCCUGCUCAGAACACAGACUCUGGACCAAUUUUGUAAUUUUACGAGUAGAAAUAUAUAUAUUGCACUUUUACUUACAUUUUAUAACAAAGUGCUCCUCUGACACGAGGAAGAGUUCCCAUUACACAUUUGAAUAUCAAAUCUGUUACAUUUAACGUAUACACAGAUAUCAAUUGGGCUUGUGCUGUUUGAUUUGCAAUCAAUACCAAUAUGUUACUUGUUCAAUAUUAAUGUAUUAAGACCUGAAUAAAUGUACUUCUGUGUUAAA